AUGCUCCCGCGGCCCGCGCCCGCGCCCGCCCACGCGCCCACGCCCAACGCCAUGGCCGCCACCAGCGUCAAGCGCGAGGGCUCCCGCGCCUUCCUCGUCGACUCGCUCAUGGCCGGCUGCAAGACGACCGCCGCGCCCGCGCCGCCGCCGCCCGUCACCGCCGCCGCCGCCCUCGGCUCCUACCUCUUCCCGCUCGGCACCGCCUCGCUGCCAGGACGCUAUCUUGUUUCAUAG